AAGGUUUCACUUGUGACGCUGACGUUCGCGCUGUGUGGUGUAUUUUUGUAAGCGUCUUGUAGCUCUUCGUGUUUAAUGUUUGCGUUGUAGAGAAAGUUCAUUGAGUUAUCAUGUCAUCCGAGCUGCCACCUGAUGCUCCUGCUCCAAGAUUGUGCCAUUUAAUUAAAUGGGUGGAUUUUGAUGGUUAUGGCUUUAAUUUGCACGCUGAAAAGAGCCGAACAGGUCAGUUCAUUGGCAAAGUGGAUGAUGAUAGCCCUGCUCAACACGCUGGUCUUAGAGAAGGUGAUCGUAUUAUCGAAGUUAAUGGAGUAAAUAUUGCAAAUGAAAAUCAUAGACAAGUUGUGGAAAGGAUAAAAUCUAUUCCUAACGAGACUAAAUUACUUGUUGUUGAUGAGGAAGCUGAUAAAUGGUAUAAAGAGAGAAAAAUUGUCGUGAAAAGCACACAGCCCAAUGUUUUGUUUAUGAAAACCCCUAUUCCUCGUCCGAAUAAGGAACCUCCUGCUUAUGAAAAUAUAUCUCCAUCUGCAAAUAAUGUCGAGAAAAUUUCAAUCGAGAAUGGCGUUCGCGAUGCAAAAAGUUCUCCACCCAGUGCUUCGAAACAUGUAAGUCAAAAUUUAAGUACUAUAUUUAACUGUGAUUUUUUUUUUUUUUUUAAUAGCCCUUGUUGACAGCUAAGUCCGUUU